UUCAAGCGAGAUAACUCUAGAUUCGACACCAAUCUCGACCUACAUGUAUAAAGACCUUUUACAUAUUCCAGGGUCUCUGUAUUAUAUUACCCAUAGAUCUCCUGUGUGUGUCAGUAACUUACAUUUAAGAAUGAUUUAAUAAGAUAAUAAAAUUCGGAGGAAAAAAACAACAGGACCCAAUAGAGGAUGUUGCUGGAGGGUAAGGUUGCCCUAAUUACAGGAGGGGCACGGGGCCUGGGUAAGGCGUUCGCCGAGGAACUGCUCAAAAAUAAAGUCAAGGUUUGUAUAUGCGACUUGAACUCCAAUACCGGUGAAAAAACUAUCCAAGAAUGGAAACCAAGGUAUGGAAACAAUGCCAUGUUUCUACGAUGUGAUGUCACGAAUCAUGAGCAAUUCGAAGAUGUCUUCAAACUGACCAUUGCCCGGUUUAGGAGGCUGGACAUUGUUGUGAAUAAUGCCGGGGUCCUCAAUGAAGGCCAGUCAUCUUGGAGAACUACCAUCAUGGUCAACGUGAUUGGUGUGAUAGAGGGUACGAAACUGGCAGAAAAGUACAUGACCAAACAGCAAGACGGUGGAGGGGGCGUGGUCCUCAAUGUCGCGUCCACAGCAGGUUUAACCCCGGUGUUUUUUAUGCCUGUAUACACAGCCUCCAAGUAUAGCGUCGUAGGAUUUACUAGAAGUGUUGCGAUGAAUGCGGACAUCUUCAGUACGGGUAUGAGGUAUGUCUGUCUGUGUCCAGGUUUCACCGAGACAAAAAUGUUAGUGGAGGGAGUGAACGAAGAGGGAAUAGCCGGAAAUGAUAAAGCGCAGGAAAUUUUGCAGAGCGCAGGCACGAACACAGUCGAGUCCGUUGUUCAAGCUUUCAUGCAGUUAUUGACGACGGAAAACAACAAUGGAGGGGUGAUGGCCGUGACAAAACAGAAGGGAAUACAGUAUCACGGACGGCGGAGAACCAACAAACUGUAGGGAACCAGUUAGCUGUCUAGAAGAAGAUGAUUUAUAAAUACAAUUAAUGCAAUGAUGUUCAGUCAGUGUGCCAUUUUGCGAUUUGUAAACUUUGGGGCUCUUUCUUGAAAGCUGAUUAAAACUUGCUUUACUCUAAUGUUUACAAAUGAAUUAGAUAACAAUGAAACUGUUAAAUAAGUUGUCAUAUAUGCUUAUAAAAUGUGUAUAUAUGAGUCUCAUGUUUAUCAGUUGAAGUUCUUCCUCUAACGAUAAAUUGUGCCAUAGUAAAGAAUGAAAUCAAACCAUGUGAUACAUUUUUAAUUGAUGAUAAAUACAUAUAUUUGUAUCUGUAAAAUAUUUUGAAUUUUUAUAUCUAGUAUAUAAAUGCAUUAAUUAAAACAUGGAUUUUCAGUUUA